AAUGGUGGCAGGCCCAGACUCCAGGCCGACGAGGGACGCUGGGGGUCCGGGGGCCUGCGAGCUGUGGAGCACCGGGCCCUGCUGCUGACCCAGGCCUGAAGUUCCCUGCCUGGCCCCUUGGGGAUGGCUCCACCGCAGGCCGGCCCCCGGCCUGGCCCUGCUGCCCUGCUCAAGGACCCAGGAUCGCAGCCAGAGCUCGACCGGCUGCUCCUGAAUGCCAAUGUCUUGCUGGGAGUGGAGCGCUGCAUGCGCGCCAUGCAGGAGGGGACGCAGCUGGUGAAGCUCCGCGGCAGUUCCAAGGGCCUGGUCCGCGUCUACCACCUGGAUGAGCACCGCUCCUGCAUCCGCUGGCGGCCCUCGCGCAAGAACGAGAAGGCCAAGAUCUCCAUCGACUCCAUCCAGGAGGUGAGCGAGGGGCGCCAGUCCGAGAUCUUCCAGCGACACCCCGACGGCGCCUUCGACCCCAGCUGCUGCUUCAGCAUCUACCACGGCGGCCAACGCGAGUCGCUGGACCUGGUGUCGGCCAGCGGCGAGGAGGCCCGGCUCUGGGUCACUGGCCUGCGCUUCCUCCUGGCCGGCAUCCGCGACGAGGACAGCCUGGCCCGCCGCCAGCGCACCCGCGACCAGUGGCUGAAGCAGACCUUCGCCGAGGCCGACAAGAACGGCGACGGCAGCCUGAGCGUGGCCGAGGUCCUGCAGCUGCUGCACAAGCUCAACGUGAACCUGCCGCGCCGGCGGGUCAAGCAGAUGUUCAGGGAGGCUGAUACAGACGAGCACCAGGGCACGCUGGGGUUCGAGGAGUUCUGUGCCUUCUACAAGAUGAUGUCCACCCGCCGGGACCUCUACCUGCUCCUGCUGUCCUACAGCAACCACAAGGAGCACAUGGACGCAGCAGACCUGCAGCGCUUCCUGGAGGUGGAGCAGAAGAUGGUGGGCGUGACCCUGGAGAGCUGUCGGGACAUCAUCGAGCAGUUUGAGCCGUGCCCGGAGAAUAGGCGCCGUGGGGUGCUGGGCAUUGAUGGCUUCACCAACUAUGCUCGCAGUCCGGCCGGCGACAUCUUCAACCCAGAGCACCACGGCGUCCACCAGGACAUGACGCGGCCACUGAGCCACUACUUCAUUACGUCUUCGCAUAACACCUACCUGGUGGGGGACCAGCUCAUGUCCCAGUCUCGGGUGGACAUGUACGCUUGGGUCCUGCAGGCGGGCUGCCGCUGUGUGGAGGUGGACUGCUGGGACGGGCCGGACGGGGAGCCCAUAGUGCACCACGGCUACACCCUGACCUCUAAGAUCCUCUUCAAGGAUGUGGUGGAGACCAUUAACAAGUAUGCUUUCAUCAAGAACGAGUACCCGGUGAUCCUGUCCAUUGAGAACCACUGCAGUGUGGCCCAGCAGAGGAAGAUGGCCCAGUACCUGACUGACAUCCUCGGGGACAAGCUGGACCUGUCCUCGGUGAGCGGCGAGGAGGUCACGGUGCUCCCGUCUCCGCAGAUGCUCAAAGGCAAGGUCCUGGUGAAGGGGAAGAAGCUCCCAGCCAGCAUUGGCGAGGACGCAGAGGAGGGCGAGGUGUCGGACGAGGACAGUGCUGACGACAUGGAGGAGGACUGCAAGCUGCUGGAUGGCGACGCUUCCACCAACCGGAAACGUGUGGAGAACAUGGCCAAGAGGAAAUUGGACUCCCUCAUCAAGGAGUCCAAGAUCCGGGACUGUGAGGACCCCGACGGCUUCUCUGUGUCUACCAUGCUCGCCAAAGCGGAAGCCAAGGCUCAGGGCAAGGCAGAGGAGGACGCUGAGGUGGAGGAGGACGGCAGAGCGGGCAGGCAGAGUGCCCGCCUUCUUGGCAGCAGCUUCUCCUGGUACAAGAAAAGGGGCAGUAAGAAGGUGGCCAGCGUGGAGGAGGGCAACAGCGACCUGGACUCUGCGGGCAGCCAGAGCCGAGGGACAACGCGGCAGAAGAAGACCAUGAAGCUGUCGCGGGCGCUCUCGGACCUGGUCAAGUACACCAAGUCCGUGGGCGCCCACGACGUGGAGGUGCAGGUGGCGUCCAGCUGGCAGGUGUCCUCCUUCAGUGAGACCAAGGCCCAGCAGAUCCUGCAGCAGAAGCCGGCCCAGUACCUGCGCUUCAACCAGCGCCAGCUGUCCCGCGUCUACCCCUCCUCCUACCGUGUCGACUCCAGCAACUUCAACCCACAGCCUUUUUGGAAUGCCGGCUGCCAGAUGGUGGCACUGAACUACCAGUCUGAGGGGCGGAUGCUGCAGCUGAACCGGGCCAAGUUCAGCGCCAACGGCAACUGUGGCUAUGUGCUCAAGCCCCCCUGCAUGUGCCAGGGUGUCUUCAACCCCAACUCUGAGGACCCCCUGCCUGGGCGGCUCAAGAAGCAGCUGGCACUGCGCAUCAUCAGCGGCCAGCAGCUCCCCAAGCCGCGGGACUCGGUGCUGGGGGACCGUGGGGAGAUCAUAGACCCCUUCGUGGAGGUCGAGGUCAUUGGGCUCCCGGUGGACUGCAACAAGGAGCAGACCCGCGUGGUGGACGACAACGGUUUCAACCCACUGUGGGAGGAGACGCUCGUGUUCACCGUGCACAUGCCCGAGAUCGCCCUGGUCCGCUUCCUGGUCUGGGACCACGACCCCAUUGGGCGUGACUUCAUCGGUCAGAGGACGCUGGCGUUCAGCAGCCUCAUGCCAGGCUAUCGGCACGUGUACCUGGAGGGGAUGGAGGAGGCCUCCAUCUUUGUGCAUGUGGCUGUCAGUGACAUCAGCGGUAAGGUAAAGCAGGCUCUGGGACUAAAAGGUCUCUUCCUGCGCGGCCCAAAGCCCGGCUCACUGGACAGUCAUGCUGCUGCACGGCUCCCCACCCGGCCCUCCGUUAGCCAGCGGCUGCUGCGGCGCACGGCCAGUGCCCCCACCAAGACCCAGAAGCCGUGUAGGGACUCCCCAGAGCUGGUCCUGGGUGCACAGGACGUGGGUGCCCAGCAGGUGGACAACGCAGCGGCCCCCAACCCCAGUCCUACCCUGGAGGGCGCAGCUCACCAGGGGCCUGCUGGCGGUGGGGGCUGCCCCCCAGAUGCCCUCCCAGUCCGCACGCCAAGCUCCACCUGCCCGCCGUGCAGCCUGGAACCCAUCCAGGAGGAGCCCACCCUGCCAGCCACCAGCUGUGCUGUCCCCUCCCAGAAGGGACCCUGGCGUCCCCCAGCAGCUGCGGUGCCCCUCAGGAGUGGGGGCCAGGGUGGUCUGGAGCAGACCCCCAGAGAGCCAUGCCCCAGCCAGCGCCCUGGUGGAGCUGGUGAGAGCGAGGGCAGAGGCCGCUCCCAGGCCCUGGGCCAGCGGCCCCCCGUGAGAAGGACCAGGAGCGAUGGGCAGGUGACCUCUGAGUCCCUGGCGGGGCCCUCCACGGCCCCUGCUGUGUACUUGGACGCCACAGGCACUGACCGGCUCUGGCAGCGGCUGGAGCCUGGCAGCCACCGCGACAGCAUGUCCUCCGCCUCCAGCGUGUCGUCUGGCGACACGGUCAUCGACCUGGCCUUAUCCAGCCUGGGCCCCUGGCCCUGCCCCACCUCGGCUGCCCGCCUGGGCCCGCCUCCAGUGACCAAGAGCAAAUCCAACCCUAACCUGUGGGCUGCUGGGCCCCAGGGACGUGCCGAGCUGCGGUCCCGGCCCCCGGCCCUGCUGGGCUGGCAGGAGUGCCCCGCGGCCGCCAAGUCCAAGAGCCUGGGUGACCUGACCGCUGAUGACUUCGCGCACCCCUCUGAGGGCAGCCGUGACCUGGGCCCCGCACAGGGGGCGUGCCGGGUGUCGGGACAGGGGCCACAGCGUGACCCAUUCAUGGAGCAGCUACGUUGGCUCACGGGCUACCAGGGCGGGGCCCCCGCGGCGCCCACUGGCCCGGUGACAGGCGGCCAGGGCUUCCUGCGGCGUUCAUCCUCUCGCAGCCAGAGCCGCGUGCGUGCCAUCGCCAGUCGGGCCCGCCAGGCCCAGCAGCGGCAGCAGCGGCUGCAGGACUCAGGCUGGAAAGGGCCCCCAGAGGAGGAGCGAGGCACCCCCGAGGGUGCUUGCUCGGUGAGCCUCAGGGGGUGCGUGGACGCCUUGACCCUGACCCCAGGGGCCGAUGGCCUGCUGCUGCUGCGGCUCUGA